AUGAGCCGAUUAUAAGAAGUGACCGUUUUGAGUAGAUUUUGUCGUUUUCUGUCGCUCUUUUUAAAGAAGCUGGUGAACUUUGUCACAAUGCAACGUCUUUUGACGAGAGUCAUAAACAGAGUUUUGCUGAGUGGGCCUUUCACACCAGCGAUGGGCUCUGAAGCAGAGAUACACACACAGGGCCGACGAAGGCUGGUGGUGGGGCUGGGUAACCCGGGGAUGGAGGGUUCCAGACACUGCGUCGGCAUGGCGGUGCUUGGUGCACUCGCCGCCCGGCUCGGCGUGGCUGACCGUUGGCGAGGCGACAAGCACGUGUCCGGUGAGGUCAUCGUGUCAGAGGUGCAGGACGCGCAUGUGGUGCUGCUCCGUCCCAGGCUGCUGAUGAACGUCUGCGGGGUGUCGGCCAAAGCAGCAAGUAAAUACGGCAUCAAGCCUGAAGACAUCCUGCUGGUCCACGAUGACCUGGACAAACCGUUCGGGAGAAUCGCCCUCAAACACGGAGGAAGUGCCAGAGGUCAUAAUGGAGUCCGCUCCUGUUUCGACUGUCUUCACACUGACGUGAUGCGCAGACUUCGGGUCGGGAUCGGCCGGCCGACAGACAGAGCCCAGGUGGUGGGUUACGUCCUGGACCGGUUCACCUCGGAGGAGAAGAAGGUCCUGGACUCUGUUCUGGUCCGGAGUGUGGACCUCUUCCUCUCCGAGCUCUCUCAGCAAGACUCCCAACAGGACUCCUCGUCACCAGCAGGGGGCAGACAAGCACAGCAGACGGAGGCGGAGCGCUCCGCUCCUCCUGCUGACAGCUCUGCUCCUCCUCAGACCUGAAACUCAGAGACCCAAAAACCUUCACUCAGACUGUUUAUUCUCUAUGACAGUGACUCAGAAUGACUCCGUUCCCAUUAUAACUCCACAAAAAACGGCAGAAAAGUUGAAAAGAAACACUGAGUUAAACUCCUCUAAAAGCAGAGCUGCAGCUGAUUCUGUGUUUGUUACUUCGACUGAGGAGCUCAUCAUGAAUGACACUGACACCUGAAAAACCUGUGAUCAGAUUUCAGUAAAAUGUGGUGCAACAUUCGUCCAAACGCAGAACAAGUGAUGUGUUUUUUGGUGUGGAGCCUAGAAUCU